AAUGCAACAAGAAUCAUGAGAGCUUUGUUUGAGAUGGCACUUCGAAAUGGUAACCCUCUCCUUGCUGCAAGGCUUCUAGAAAUGUGUAAAAUGGUGGACAAGCGCCUUUGGACCUUUGAGAAUCCAAUGAGACAAUUCAGUAUCUUGCCCCAUGAGAUCUUGACCAAGCUUGAAGCUAAGAGGCUGCUGCCAGAAAAGCUGAGAGAAAUGGACUCUAAGGAGAUUGGUUUGAUGGUGCAUCAUGUGAAGAUGGGACCUGUCAUUAAGAAAUGUGUCCACCAGAUUCCCAGUCUGAUUUUGGAUGCUUCUAUUCAGCCGAUCACAAGAACUGUUCUCAGGGUUCGGCUGGAGAUUACACCCGACUUUAAGUGGGAUGAUAAGAUCCACGGAAGUACAGCGGAACCAUUUUGGAUAUGGGUUGAGGAUCCUGAUAACAAUCACAUAUACCAUUCAGAGUAUUUCAUGCUUCAGAAGAAGCAGGUGGUGAAUCAGGAGACUCAAAACUUAGUGUUCACCAUUCCCAUAUUUGAGCCAUUGCCAAGUCAGUACUACAUCAAAGCCGUGUCUGACAGGUGGAUUGGCUCCAGCGUCACACAUCCUGUGUCCUUCCAACACCUCAUUCUGCCAGAGAGACACCCUCCACACACAGAUCUGCUGACUUUGCAACCACUGCCUCUAGCUGCACUCAAGGACAUUAAGUUUGAGGCCCUGUACAACUUUACCCACUUCAACCCAAUACAGACGCAGAUCUUUCACACGUUGUACCACAAAGACUGCAAUGUUCUGCUUGGUGCUCCAACUGGUUCAGGGAAAACUAUAGCUGCAGAGUUGGCAAUCUUCAGAGUGUUUAAGGAAUACCCUAAAUUCAAGGCGGUGUACAUUGCUCCCCUGAAAGCCUUGGUUCGAGAGAGGAUGGAUGACUGGAAGGUCAGGAUAGAGCAGAAGUUAGGCAAGAAAGUUGUAGAGCUGACUGGCGAUGUGACCCCAGAUAUGCGUGCUGUGGCCAAUGCUGACCUCAUUGUCACCACACCAGAGAAGUGGGAUGGUGUCAGUCGGAGCUGGCAGACAAGGAAUUAUGUCAAGGCUGUGGCGCUUCUAGUCAUUGAUGAGAUCCAUUUGCUUGGUGAUGAUCGAGGACCCGUUCUGGAGGUGAUAGUGUCACGCACCAACUUCAUCUCCUCUCAUACAGAAAAGCCUGUUCGAGUGGUGGGUCUGUCGACUGCACUUGCCAACGCCAGGGAUCUGGCUGACUGGUUGGGUAUUAGAGAGGUGGGUUUGUUCAACUUCCGCCCCUCAGUGAGACCAGUCCCACUAGAAGUCCAUGUGAAAGGUUUUCCAGGACAGCACUACUGUCCUCGCAUGGCCACCAUGAAUAAACCAACCUUUCAAGCAAUCAAGACACACUCUCCCCACAAGCCGGUCCUAGUGUUUGUGUCUUCUCGAAGACAGACACGCCUGACAGCCUUGGAUCUCAUUGCUUUCCUUGCUGCAGAGGACAACCCAAAACAGUGGCUCCAUAUGCCAGAGGAAGAU